AUGAAGACUAGCCAUCUUCUUUUAUUCUCGACGGUCAAUUUCUGCAAGGCUGACGAUAGAGACGAUGUUUUGCCUCAAGUUUUUGCCAAUUGUCCGAUUUUGGGCCAAGAUUACAAUAACUACCCACUAGAGGUGGAGGAUGUCGUUGUUACGUCUGAUGCAAGGGACCAGGUGACCAUGGAUAUAAUGCACUUGGACAGGGAGACAUUUCACGUUAAUGAUUGCGUUUCAUACGGAGUCCAUUUUGGUGAGGUUUUACCAAGGACAAAAUACAAGGUAACAAGAGUGACCUACUGCAACGAGGUCCUCUUUAUAGCGCCAGAGAGCUGGGAAUGCAACCGCACAACCUUUUAUACAGAUGGAACAAAUAUGCUCGUAAUAAUGUGGUACAGACGGGGAGAAUUGAGAGACCAAUUGGCGGUUUAUAAACGAGGGGAUUCGAGUUGGCAAGAGGUGGACCAGAUGGCUGCUGAUGAAAUCAUUUUUGACAUGGUCAAGGAGCCGCCUGAACACAAGAGCAAACCAAGGAGAUUUGUAGGGGCUUAA